AUGGACAAAAGCAUAGUGGAAUCUCUUGAUAAUGGAGCUGAAACUAAUACAAGAAAGCAGAUCUUCUGUAACCGGCCACUGAAUAUGAAGAACGUUAAUGCGGUCGGAUUUGACAUGGAUUAUACCUUGGCGCAAUACAAGGCUGAAACUUUCGAAUCCCUUGCUUAUGAACACACAGUCCGAAAGCUCGUAGAUAAUUUUAAAUAUCCUAGUGAGAUACUGGAUUUGUCAUUUAAUUCAAACUACAUGGUUAGAGGUUUGGUUCUUGACAAAAAGAGAGGCAACAUUUUGAAGAUGGAUUGCCACAAAUAUGUGAAAGUAGCUUAUCAUGGAUUUGAAGAGUUGUCUAAAGAAGAAAAAGUUCAGGCCUAUGGAAAAUUUUUUGUGUCUAAUUCUUUUGAUGAGCCGGAAUACGCUGUAGUAGACACACUCUUUUCACUAGCCGAAGCCUACUUGUUUGCGCAACUGGUUGAUUUUAAGGACCGCAAUCCUGAGAAGAUUCCACAGUCUGUUGAUUAUGCCUGUAUCUACAAAGAUGUUCGAAAUGCAGUAGAUAUGUGCCACCGAGACGGAACGUUGAAGCAAAAAGUUGCAGAGAAUCCCGAGAGGUAUAUCAAUGACGACAAGUCAAUAGUCCCCAUGCUUAAAAUGCUUAAAGAGUCCGGACGAGUUACGUUUUUGGUGACAAACAGUUUAUGGGACUAUACAUGUGUUGUCAUGAACUUCAUCUGUGGAUCCAAUGAGAUGAAUGACGGUUCCAAAUUCGACUGGCUUCAAUACUUUGAUGUUGUCAUCACUGGCAGCGCAAAGCCGAAUUAUUUUCAGGAAGAUAAUCAUGCUAACCUGUUUGAGGUUGAACCCGAGAGUGGAGUGCUCCUUAAUACAAACAACGGCGCUCCUCUACCUCAGGUGGGUAAUUUCCAAGCAAGAGUAUCAACAAAAGACGAGAACGGUGAUCAUAAGGUUUUCCAGGGAGGCAAUGUUAGUCAUCUGUAUCCUCUACUUGAUAUAGGAUCGAGCUCGCAGAUUCUGUAUGUUGGGGAUCAUAUAUAUGGAGAUAUACUGAGCAGCAAAAAAACUCUUGGUUGGAGAACAAUGUUGGUGAUCCCAGAGCUUGAGACGGAGGUUCAACUCCUCCAGAAAUUGAGGGAUGACCGCAAGGAACUUAGAUCUCUGAGGAGCCGUUGCGCUGACAUUGAGGAUAAAAUGCAUCAUUUGAAUCAGUCUCUUAAAUUGAAUAGUCCAGAUGAUGAUACCAAGCAGAAGAUAAAUUCAGAAAUCAAUCAAUUGGAGGUUGAAAGAAUGAAUGUGCGAUUAGAUCAUCAAGAAGCCCUUGGAGAGUUACAUCAACAGUUUCACCAGCCAUGGGGACAACUAAUGAGGACUGGUUACCAGAGCUCUCGCUUUGCUCAACAGGUUAAGAGAUUUGCUUGCCUUUAUACAAGCAAAGUAUCUAACUUGGGCAUGUUUUCUCCGGACAAAUACUAUAGACCUAGUGAAGAUUUUAUGCAACAUGAAUAUGCCAUUUUCGAAAGCUGA